UUGGUUGCUGGACAAUUUUGACAGCAGAAGUGUGUCUCUUCUUCUGCCAAACAAUGAAAGGUUGAGGAUUAAUGAAGAUGGAGUGCACGUGACAUUGGGGUUUCCAAAAGGAAAGAUUAAUGUGAAGAAUUUGAUUGACACUGAAUCUGAGAAUACAUCACACAUGGUGGCUAAUUGGAGAUCACAAUUUCAGACUGAAAAUGGAGUUGUGAAGACUGCUCAAGUGAAGAAGGUUAUAGAAGAAAACAAAGCAGGUGGAGUAUGGUUUAAAAAGAAUUUUUUGGUUCUCCUGGUAACGUGUUUGAUUGAAGGGAAGCAAAAUUGCUUUGCCAAUCAAAGCAUUCUGAAGGCAUUGCAGGAUGAUUCAAAAAUCAAGGAUCUGAAUUGGUGUGGAUACACUUUGGAAACAUUAAUUGAAGCAAAGGACUAUUGGAGCAAAAAUAGAGAAAGACAGUUCCCAGGGCCUUUAUUAUUUCUGAUUGUGUUCUAUGUAGACAACAUUGUGUUCAAAGGCAGAAAAGUGGACAGAGCAUUGCCAUCUAUUAUUGGCUGGACAACACAAAAGCUGAACAAACGACAGAAGGAAGAAAUUGAAACUGGAGGUUUUGGAUACGGAUAUAUAGAUGAACCUAACAAAGGGGAAUUGAUAGUUCCAAAACUGAUCACAAAUGAAGAAGAAGCUGAAAUCCAGAUUGAGGGAAACAAUAAUCAGGAGCCAAAGAAG